ACCAAAUUGAUUCAUCAAAUUUUGGUAUUUUGUGUUGUUUUUAUCUCUUGGAGUUUUCUCCAAAAAAAAUGUUUGCUACAACAAUGUCCAAUUCAACUUCUUUGUCUGAAGAAGCUACUGUCUCUUUAAAUUCUCUCCUUCCACCACAAAAGAUCAAGAAGAAACGAAGCCUCCCCGGAAACCCAGACCCAGAUGCUGAAGUGAUAGCACUUUCACCAAGAACACUUCUUGCUACGAAUAGAUUCGUGUGUGAAAUUUGCAACAAAGGCUUCCAAAGGGAUCAAAAUUUGCAGCUUCAUAGGAGAGGCCAUAAUUUGCCAUGGAAAUUGAAGCAAAGAAACAGCAAAGAAGUGAAGAAGAAAGCUUAUGUUUGUCCUGAGCCAUCUUGUGUUCAUCAUCAUCCUUCAAGAGCUUUGGGAGAUCUCACGGGAAUCAAAAAGCAUUAUUGUAGAAAACAUGGAGAAAAGAAAUGGAAAUGUGAGAAAUGUUCGAAAGUUUAUGCUGUUCAAUCGGAUUGGAAAGCUCACUCCAAAACUUGUGGCACUAGAGAAUAUAGAUGUGACUGUGGAACCCUUUUCUCAAGGAAGGAUAGCUUCAUAACCCAUAGAGCCUUUUGUGAUGCUUUGGCUGAGGAAAGUGCACGGCUUUCAGCUAACCAAUUCGUCGUUGCGGCGGAGGUUGAGGCGGUGGCGGAGGGUGGGGCGGCUACCUCCACCGCCUCUGCCUCCGCCCAAUCUCUCUUCCCUUUUGGUAAUCUUAAUCAAUUCCCUAGCUCUUCGCUGUCACGGCCGCCACAAACUUAUAUGUCCCUUAACCCUUGGGAUAAUCCCCAAAACCCUAACCCUAAUCAAACCCACCAAAUUAUCAAGCCAGAAGACUCACAUUCUCACCAUUUUCACCAAAUUCCAACUUUGCCCCUCGCCGGCUCCUCCCCAAGCACCGCCACCAACAACCCUUUUGGUAUAAUUCAAGACCACCACCGCCGCCAUCAUCCCCACCACCACCAGAAGGCAGGCUCUUCAUCCUCCUCUUCCAUGAUAGCCUCACCGUUUAGGAACCUCCACGUGUCGGUGAAUCCUGCCAUGUCAGCUCAUCUAUCAGCCACUGCCUUACUCCAAAAGGCUGCAACAGUUGGGGUUGGAGCUGUGAAAUCCAGUCAGCAUCAACCCGAGUCAGUGGGCCAUAUGACUCACUUCAAUAUGCCUGACAUCCCCGAGUUCGCUGCACCAACUCAUAUGGACUCGCUGACUCAUCAACUCGGCCCCGACUACGCCACGUGGCAGAAGACAGAUAGACUGACCAGGGACUUUCUCGGUUUGACUGGCGAUGGGAACGGCGGCGGAGGUGGCAGUGGAGCGAUGCAGGUUAGCAUGAGUGUCAAAGAUAUGCUAACGUACGCAGGAGGAUUGGAGAUUUUUAAACCUCAUAAUAAUAAUAAUAAUAAUAACAAUAAUAAUAGUAAUAAUAAUAAUCAUAGUGCUUUUGGUUUUGCGGAGCCAGCUGCCAAUGAAACUUGGGACUGCUGAGUGAAACGAUGUCGUUUUCGUGAAUUUUCCAAUGUGUUCAAUUGCAAUUUCUCUCGGGAGAUUAUUAAAUUUUAAUUAAUGUUUUCUUUUUUUGCUUUCA